AUGUCGACACUCGACGGCGCAGUGCCGCUGGGGCUGGGGAUUACCAAGCUGAGGCUUUGGGACGAAAUACAUCGUGCACACUGCGAUGACUUUCGGCCCCGUCAGCCCCAGGUCGAUCAGCUGCAGGUCAGAGAAGCUGGACGAUGCAAAGUCGUCUUGCCAUCUUGCUCGUCGGCUGCUGCAGCAGUGGAGGAAAAGCUGGAGCAUGAUGGUCUUUUUGACGAGGAUGUCCUGGAGGGCACCCGGGAGUCACUUGCGAACUGGUUUCUCGCCACUGUAUGCAGUCCUGCCCCCUGCAAGACUACGAAAGUAGAUAGCCAGGGUGUGGUAUUGCCGCCACCACCUGUCAAGCCCAGGCCGUCGUUGCGACAUCCACCGCCGCUGGACGCGCGCCUGAAGGCAAAGGCACGCCGGGCGAGGCGCAAGCAGCACAAAGCCGAGCAUCGACGCCGGCUCUUCCUCACGCACAUGGUCCAAAUGACCAAUCUCGUCCGACGCCUCGCCUCUCAUCAGCCCUCCAGCUGCCCUUCCACCUCACAACUAUCGCGUCAAGGGUCCCGGCACGCACUGUCGCUGCUGCCCGAGGCAGCAGGCGUCGAUGUGGCGCGCUUCGUCGAUGUCGUCUUUGACACCGACGCGCAGUCGUCCGAGAUCACAGCACCGUCCGAGAUGUCUGACAAAGACUUAGCACAUGCCACGCGCGCAGAGAUCGAGAAGCGCAUCCGGAUGGCUGGCGCCGAUAUCGUGGUGCCAAAGGGCGUCUACCGCUGGAUGGUCGCCAGCGACUUUGCAAAACGCUGGCCUAGCAAGGUGCGCCACGUAAGGCAGAACCCUUGGCCAGGACUAGAGCACGUUUGGGGCCUUCCGUCCGGUUUGGGUGGUGGAGAGGUACCAGACCCCGAACCAGUGCGCUGGCAAAGCGGACCAAGAAGCCGCUUUUUCCGACGCAACCAAGCGGAUGUAUCCAGACCUGCGGCUAUGGAACCCGCACCGGGCCUCGCGACAGAGUCGUCUUCCCAAAAGUGCUGUUGA